UGUGACAUGUUUCCACAUGGUAUCAGCACUCCAGCUGGUAGCAACAGGUGGGGUGGCGGGGACAGUGCAGCUGUGGCAGUCGUGCGCGCGCAGCUCCUUCGCAACCCUCGCGGCUCCUGCUGCGCCCGCCAUCUUGGAUGUCGUUGUAGUUGCUUCACAGCAGAUUGUUAUUGCCUUUUGUAAUAAUUGUACGCUACACAUAUGGGACUUGUACGAAGAGUGCCUCUUACAAAGUUUGAAGUUACGAUUCCCAUUUCUCGGCGUUCUUGGAAAGAAGGUUGAAUUCGGGCCUUACUGUAUACAUCCUGGACCUGUCCGAAGGGAUAAAGAUGAAGAAGAAGAUUCAGAACCAGAAAUUCCAGAAGUAAUGUCACGGCGUGGUUCCAGCGUCUACCAGGGAUCCACUGGAGGUCUCAUGCUGCAACUCGAAGAUAAAAGCGAUUGGGAUAAAGGCUUAGAGAAUGAACCAAAUGCAGUUUCCCUAAUUAUACCCUCUAGGGAAUACAAGCGUUUUAAUCGUGAGGAGCUGAUGGUAUCCUGUUGUGAUUACGUCUGUCGCCUACGCCUGCGCGCCGGUGGUGGCGCCAUACUGGCCGCGCCAGAAGACACGCUACGAGCACGACGACCUUCAGCUUGGGAUCUGCCCGACUAUCCUAAUACCAGCAGUACCGUUUCCUCAUCAACCACACCUCGUCAACGACCUUCGGUGCUAUCAACCUCUCGACUAUUAUCACCGUCUUCUGCCGAGUUUCCGGUCAGUGACCUGGACACACUCCUAGAAAACGCUGGUCUCCAAGGAAUAUUAGAAAAAGACUUCGUGCUGAUGCAGGGACUCAAAAAUGACUUGAAUAGGAAACUGACGGAGAUGGAAGCACAAAAGCAUGUUAUGACUAAUGCAGUGACAGCUCGUGCUCCGUACUUAGCACUAAAGACUCACGAUCCGUGCCAAAUAGACCCUGUGGAUGAAAUGAUGGACAAAUAUAAGCGUGUUAUGAGAUUAUUCCCCGGAGGAAGUGUGACUGCGACCCCAACAGGCAGUGAAAAAUCAACACCUAGAAAUAGCAGAAGUCAAAGAAUGUAAACUGAACUAAUUGGCAAAAAAAUCAAAUGGGUUCGAUUCCCCAUUUCCCGCCCAGGACAAAUGUUUGUGUCAU